UCAGUCCUUUGUUUGAAAAGGAUGGUUACAAUUUUAAAGGUUUUUUCCAUUGCAGAUAGGAUAAGUUACUUGUCCAAAACCCAUGGAGUGUUAUCAAAGUCUAAUUUACACUAUGCUUAUCCAAUCUACACAAUCAAGUCAGAGCCAAUAAAUUGAAAGCAAACUGCCAGGUGGCCUUAUAAAAAUCACAAGAUGGAAAGAAAACCAUUUCAUAAGAAUCACCAGACUAAAGUUGCAAAAUAAUACCAUUACCAAACAUGUCAAGUGCAGCAACAUCUUUUCAUUGCUUCUCUGUUCAGAAAUUACCACCACCACCAUCACCAUCAUGUUCAGAUGAACAAAUAAGUCUUUUAUCAAAAAAACCAAAAUCGAUUCUCCUAAAGAACCCACUUUAUCAACCAACUCACAAGAACAUCUCGUUGCAAUUCAAGGAGAAAAUCUUGUGCUUAGAAAUAAUGGGUGUUGAUUCAGGAAAAGCACUGUCUCAAAACCCUUGUCUUCACAGAGCUUCUUUACACACUAUUCAUUCCAUCAUCACUUUCCUUCAAUCAAAAGGACUUCACCAGAAGGACUUUGCAAGGAUCUUUGGGAUGUGCCCAAGAAUUCUUACCUCAGAUAUUAAUUCUGAACUCAACCCAGUUUUCAAUUUCCUCUCAAAAAACCUAAGAGUCCCUCAACACAACUUGAGAAGGGUCAUCAACAAGUGUCCAAGAUUGCUCGUUUGCAGUGUAAAAGACCAGCUUAAACCAGCUCUCUUUUAUCUUCAAAGACUUGGCUUCACAGAUUUGCAUCAUUUAGCUUAUCAAGAUCCAAUCUUGCUCGUUUCUAGUGUCGAAAAUACCUUAAUACCCAAGCUCGAUUAUUUGAUAAGUCUAGGAUUUUCAAGAACGGAAGCAGUCGAAAUGACUGUGAGGUGUCCAGGACUAUUCACUUUCAGCAUUGAGAAUAAUUUCAAGCCUAAAUUUGACUACUUUUCCCAACAAAUGCAAGGUGAAUUGGAUGAAUUGAAAGAGUUCCCUCAGUACUUUGCUUUUAGUUUGGAGAAAAGAAUAAAACCAAGGCACAUUGAACUUGUACACACUGGAGUUUCAAUUCCACUGUCAUUGAUGCUCAAGACUACCGAUGAAGAGUUCAAGGAGUUGAUAAGGCAAGAAACUGGAUAGACUAAAUUGUGGAUAUUAUACUUAUUUGUAAAUCCGUUGCUUUGCUAACAGUAGUAAUGUUAAUGUCUUUUCUUAACUCUUGAGGUGACUAAUCCAUCACUUGUAUACUUAUUACACAGUCAAUCCACUGGCCUAUGUUUUCUAUAA